AUGCCCAAGUCCGUAGCUUCCUACCACAGCCUAGCCUCCAGCCAACACAACGACGACGAUGACGACUACGAGAUCAACGAGCAGGAGGCAGAGGCCAUCCGAAACGCAUAUCGAAAUGCCUUCAACGCCACGGGCCAGCCGCUGUCGCCUGUCGACACCCGCGAGGGCUUCGAUGCCUCGAGACGCCGCAUGGACUCCUCCAGAAGAUCAGACGGAGAUUUGAGGCUUCGCGUGAACUCGUCGAGGGGUCGGGCUGCAGACGAGCGUACUGGGCUGCUUUCCACACCCGAUGUUCCUCGAAGUGGCUAUAGGACGACGAGCGUCCCCGGCACACCGAGAUAUGGCUUCUCCCGAAAACAUAGCUACAUCAACUCGACGAGAGGGGGCAGUCGACGGGGAUCUUUUGCCAAGGGUCUUAUGAAGGCACUGGGCAGCAGCACGGAUAGAGAGACACGUCCAGAUCCUGUGCCGGGAAAGAGACCGCUAUACUGGGAUGAUCGAGUGUGGUACGAUCAGUUCACAUCCACCGACUGGGUGCAUGAUAGCAUCGCAGACGCGUUCCGCAUGAAAGAGCUGAGGGGUAGAAAGGACUUCUGGGGCAGAACCAAGGCCUUCUUUGAUGGAGCGCAGGGAUGGGUUCUGGUCUUCAUCAUUGGAUGUGUGACGGCGGCUUUCGCAUACUUCAUCGAUGUCACCGAGGCCGCCAUCUUUGAUUUCAAGAGUGGAUAUUGCGUGAAUCAUUGGUGGUACAGUAAGAGGCAGUGCUGCUCGGGAGCCAGUGUCUGUGAUAGCUGGCAUCGAUGGUCGAAUCUCAUACACCACGAGGAUGAACGGCACAUUUGGACAGACUACGGAGCUUACGUGGCAUGGUGUGUGGGCUUGUCCUUGAUUUCCUGUCUGGUGACUCUCAGGACGAAGACAACCAUAUCAUCCGCCAUAUCCCUCUCAACUCUUGACGAGAAUCUCGGCGCUGAUCACCAUCGAGACAACAAGGACCACACAGAAGGCGGCAAUGGCACGGACAGUCCGACUAGUCGAUUCCAGGAGGCUGCUCGGAGACCACCAGUGGUUUACUACCCAGCUGCUGGGAGUGGUGUCGCAGAAGUGCGAGUCAUUCUCUCGGGUUUCGUGCUGCACGGUUACCUUGGUGUUAGGACGCUUCUAUGCAAGACCAUCGGACUCAUCCUGAGUGUGGCAUCUGGUCUUUCCCUCGGCAAAGAAGGCCCGUACGUUCACAUCGCAACUUGCAUCGGCAACAUCGCCACUCGUCUAUCUUCGAAAUACCGGAACAAUGACGCCAAGCGCCGUGAAGUGAUGUCUGCAGCUGCGGCGGCUGGUGUUGCCGUCGCGUUCGGUGCUCCCAUCGGCGGUGUACUCUUCAGCUUGGAAGAAGUCAGCUACUACUUUCCACCCAAAACACUCUUCAGGACGUUCUUCUGCUGCAUUGCGGCGGCGCUGUCACUCAAAGCGCUCAAUCCAUAUGGAACGAACAAGAUUGUUUUGUUCGAGGUGCGAUAUCUCGUUGACUGGAAGUUCUUCGAGAUCAUCGCAUUUGCUUGUCUGGGUAUCUUGGGAGGUGCACUUGGCGCCCUCUUCAUCAAGGCCUCAAAGUUGUGGGCCAAGACAUUCAGGCGAAUCGGCGUGAUCAAGGACUACCCACUACUGGAAGUCUUGCUUGUCGCUCUCUUGACUGGACUCGUCAGCUUCUGGAAUCGAUACACCAGACUGCCGGUCGCUGAGCUUCUCUACGAGAUGUCAGCCCCUUGCUCAUCCUUCUCUGGAGAUGGAUCUGCGCCGCUCUGCCCAACGGAAGAGAAGAUCCCCUACACGAUAUAUUACCUCUGCUGGGCAUUCAUUGUCAAGGCCUUUCUCACCACAGUCACCUUCGGCAUCAAGGUCCCUGCAGGUAUCUACGUACCGUCCAUGGUAGUUGGAGGCCUCCUUGGGCGGAUCGUCGGGCAUAUCGUUCAGCUUCUGACGCUGAAGUAUCCAGACCUCGCCUUUUUUGCGCACUGCGACCACGACGGCAACCCAGAGUCUUGUGUCGUGCCUGGAGUCUACGCGUUGGUUGCUGCUGGAGCUACGAUGUGUGGUGUGACACGGCUUUCAGUCACUCUCGCUGUCAUUCUGUUUGAACUGACCGGCAGCUUGGAGCAUGUUCUGCCUUUCUCGCUGGGUGUCUUGAUUGCUAAAUGGACCGCGGAUGCGAUAGAGCCAUUGAGUAUCUACGACUUACUCACGGACAUGAAUGCGUACCCCUAUCUUGACCACAAGGUGCGGCCUGUGUUUACAACCGAUCUUGGAGACAUCACGCCAGAGCCUACACCAAACCGAUACAUCGACAUCAGCGCAUCGCCAUUAGUUCCAGCCAAACAAUUGAGGUUCAAGCUGGAGUACCUCCACAUGUCUGGCGAGAUUGAUGGAGGCUUGCCGAUUCUCAAGGAUGGAGUACUGGUAGGGCUGAUACCUGGACCUGAUCUUGAAUACGCCCUGGACCGUCUACCGAGCGAAGAGGACACGAUGUGCCUCAUGAACGCACACGACCAAGCACUCCAUCACGAUGAUCAAGCACACCCUAGCACAAACGCCGUCGACACCGACGAUGACGACGAUGCCACUGCACGCGAAGGAGAGUCCAGCGACGCCGAAGCGCAGCGACGCACAUCCGAUGGAUCAACCACUACCGACCCGACCGACUUCUCACCCUACAUCGAUCCCUCCCCCGUCGCACUCGACAUCACCAGCCCCAUGGACCUGGUCUACGAGUGCUUCGUCAAGCUUGGCUUGAGAUACAUCUGCGUCUUGUACGAUGGCAAGUACGCUGGGAUGGUGCACAAAAAGAGUUUUGUACGCUAUGUGAAGCAUGUGCAUGACGAGGAUCGGAAGCGUGGAGGUAUGAUUCAGCGGGGGUUUUGA